UUGUUUGUUUUUCCUGCAUUUUCCACCCAUUCUUUAGGGGGUGGUAAAUAAUGGAAUAAUCAAAUCAAGAAAACUCCAUCAGAUGCUGUGUGGUUGUGUCUGGGUGGGAGUUUCUUAAGCUAGAUAUACCUACAUCGAUUGGAAAACCGAUUAGUCAGUACUUUGAUGGACACCGCCCCGUUGGACGACGGCAUUAAAUUGCACGACCUGCAUCUUCGUGCCACCCAAACGUUGCAGCUGAUCGGUCUGGUUGAAGCCAACCGUGUCCUGUACGACACAACCGACAAGCACUACAACACCAAAAAGGUAAAAAGCGCGGCUUGGAAGCAGAUUACGGCCACAGUGCUGGGCGUCAAACCGGAUCAGGUCACACGGUAUCAUUCGGUGCAGAUCCAGCACAAGUGGAAAAGUCUCCGAACGGCGUACGUGCGCCAGAGGCGAAAAAACAAUCCUGCCAUUCCGUACCGGUAUGCCGAUUUGAUGAGUUUCCUUGAUCCCUAUCUGCGACGGGAUGAGACAGGAUGCGUCGGUGCUGCAGCUGUACUUACAUCCAAUAGGUUUUCUGCUCCUUUUGAGCUCGAUUUAAACGGCGACGUCGAAAAAAAUAUUUCUACUUCAGCCAUACAAGACGCCUGCAUCGAUCUGUUCGACCCCAUUGAAGAGGAUCUCACAUGCGACACUGAGGUACAUAUGGUGCAGAAUCUCGUGGUGACACCCGGGUCGGUUUCAUCCGCCGUGUCUUCGGCAUGCUCGACAAUGGCAGAAUCAAACAAUGGUGCUAGCGGAAAUAGUACAACGUGUGCAGGCAGCACACCCCAAAUGAGCCCCAGCCAAAUGACCGAGCUGGAUGCGUUCUUUAUGCAAAUUUCGCGUACCGUUCGAAAAUUUUCGCCUCGUAAAAUUAUUGAACUGAAAAUGCAAAUAUUUAACCUGGUCUCACAGGCAGAACUGGAUGAGUUGGAUGCACUCAAUAAGUAGAAACUUGAUUUAUUACAUUGAAACGUUUAGUCAGACUUUAUUUUAUAAUAAUAUUUAUUUAGAUAUUUUUACUAAUUAAUUUCAAAUUUUUUUAUACAUUUUUUGUCUUUCCGUACAACAAAGUUUUUUAAUAUCACAUGACACAACUAAAAUAUAAAGUGAUGAAUAGAAUAUUAACUCAAUAGAAAUAAAUAGUAAAAGCUAAUAAAGUUUAACAAAACGUUAAAGCAAUGAAAUUUUAUACACUUGAUUUUCUGUAUAAACAAAUUAUGGGCUUUUAGAGAGGAAAAAAAAGCUACAUGCAAGCUUUACAAAAUAAUUUAUAAUUAUCAAUGCAAUUAUUCUUAGCUAGUCAUUGUCAUUAUUAACAACCUGAAAUGUACUUGAAUUAUUGAAUAAAUUACCCAAACCCUGCCAAAUUACC